AUGGUAGUAGCUUUGGGAAGCUAUAUAUGGAAAGGCUGGAAUAUUUUACAACAAUGUCCUAUAUAUUGUCCCAAACAUAAAUUAUCAUCAAAAGCUGAAGAACAAGAAAAUGUUGCAGAGAAUCGAGAAAAAAUAGAUCCCUUGAGUCAUCCAGAUUUCUUUCAUGUUUAUGACAUGUUCACUGUUAAGGAUUUAUUCGAUGCAAGAGUACAUUUUGGUCACAAAGAAGGUUCUUUGAAUGAUUAUAUGAGACCUUUUAUAUUUGGAUCCAGAUUGGGUCAUUUAAUAUUUGAUUUAGAUCAAACUGCUGAACUUUUGCGGCAAGCAUUAAAUUUCACAGCUCAUGUAGCUUCUCAGGAUGGGAUAAUUUUAUUUAUAGCAAAAAAUCCUCAAAUUUCUUACAUUGUAGAAAGUACUGCGAAAGAAUGCAAAGAAUAUGCACAUACAAGGCAAUGGAAAUUUGGGACAUUUACAAAUGCUAACAAUGAGUUUGGUGCAGUUACUAGGUUGCCAGAUUUGUGCAUAUUCAUUAACAGUAUGGAAUCUGUUGUUCAACAACACAUAGCAGUAGUACAUUCUGCUAAAAUGGCUAUUCCAACAAUUGGUAUUGUGGAUACAAAUUGUGAUCCAAAACUUAUAUCAUAUCCUGUUCCUGGAAAUGAUGAUACACCCUGUGCGAUACAGCUUUAUUGUAAGUUAUUUAAGGAAGCAAUAAUAAGAGGAAAGGCAUAUAGAAAUAAAAUGCUUGAAGAGGGUAUAAUAUAA